GGGGCCGCCCCGCUUUGCGUAGGGCCCCGUGCUCCUCCUCCUGCUCCCGCGUGCCGCCCACUCCAUCUCACGUGGGGCCCAGCUCCGCCCCACCUGUGCGGGCCGCCACGCGGCUGCCACGUCCCGCGCGCUGCCAUGGCCCUCGACCCCACAGGCUCCGUGUGAUGUGGCCCUCCCUCCACUGGAGUGUAGGCUGAGCCCAGUGACUUGAAAUCAACAUAAGGUAGCAGGAACAAGGCUGCACGGCUUCCACGACAGGCUCAGAAAUGGCCACCUACCCGCUGUACCCUGUGUAGGUGAUUUGGCCUUUCCAGUCCGCAUAUCAGAUAAAUAUGUGAAGAAAGAAGUCUUCUUGGCGAGCAGCAUCUCAGACAUGUCGAAAAAGAUGUUUUGAUCCCCAAAAUAAUGAGAGAAAAGGCCCGAGAGAGAUGUUCUGAACAAGUUCAAGAUUUCACUAAAUGUUGCAAGGACUCUGGAAUCCUUAUGGUAGUAAAAUGCCGCAAAGAAAAUUCUGCAUUGAAAGAAUGUCUAACUGCUUACUAUAAUGAUCCAGCCUUUUAUGAAGAAUGCAAAAUGGAGUACCUGAAGGAAAGGGAAGAAUUCAGAAAAACUGGAAUUCCUACCAAGAAAAGGCUGCAGAAGCUUCCCACAAGCAUGUAGGCAAAUAUUCAAAUGAUACUCAGUAACGCCAAUGUUCAUGGAAAUCACAGUCACCUGAAAUGAUGGACUCAGAGAAGUGUUUGCUUUAUCCUUAAUUAUGGAAAUAAUUUUAUCUGAAAUAAAGUUUUUUUAAACUUCAAA